CCACUCUUCUGUAAAAAUAAAGAAGAAGGAUAGAUGAUGUGAGAGAUAGCAUUGCUUUAAGUGAUACCAAGCAAACCUUCACAAUACACACCCAGUCCCGUUUCCUACCACCCCAUCACCGCAACAUGAACCAAGCAACCUCACCACCAACCAUGCAAAACUCCACCACAACCAUCACCCUCACCCCAAUCAACCUCCACGAACCCACCGACUACGCCGCCCUCCAACACCAGCGCACAAUCUGCGGCUGGGACCAAACCGACGAAGCCCUCCUCGCCUGGCGCGCCAAACAAGACGCGGGCCUCAAAUCCUUCUUCUGGAUCGACAUCGUCCCCCCUUCCGUCUGCACCUCCGCCUCUACCUCCACCUCCACCACCAGCAGCGACAAUAACAACUUCAGCAGCAGCAGCCGCCAGGAUACUGCGGUGGCACCAGUCCACGCAGGCCACAUCUCCCUCGACGCCUACGCCCACCCGCCAGACCCGGACCUAGCCACCGCCGACGGCACCAACCUCACCGUCCAGUCGUUCUUCAUCCUCCCGGCGCACCGGAAGGGCGGGCUGGGUCGGCGCGCAAUGGCGCUGGUCGAGGAGCGGGCGCGCCGCGACCCGCGCUGCAGGUACGUGACCCUCAACGCGGUCAGCAAAGCGUACUACGCGGACCCCGGGCGGCGGCGCUGGAUCGAGCGCAUCCGCGGCGAGGGCGGCCUGCCGGUCGCGGAGUGGUAUGAGAGGAUGGGGUAUGUGCGGUGGAAGACGGAGCCGCGGUAUACGGACUGGACGCCGGAGGGGGAGGAGGUGGUUCUCGAGGCGGAUUUUAUGAGGAAGUUGGUGGUAUCUGGUUAUAUUGAUUUCACAUGGCAUACUAAGGCUGGUGAAAGUAACACACAAAGAUUCUGCUACCUCAACCACAAAGUCUCAGGUGAAGUGAAAUCUCACUUAAAUUGCAGAUCGUUCGCUCACUUGAUUGCACACGCUACUCUCUAUCAUCGCACCAUGUCAACUCUCAUCGAGCAGCAUCCUCCGGGAUACUUGAACGAGUACUGCGGUGGUCAACUGAUCGGCACUGCGGUUUCGUUCAUCGUCUUGGAGCUUGUCUUCGCGGGGGUCCGGUUCUGGGCCCAUAAGAGACAGAGAAGAAACUGGGUGAUGAUCCCUGUUGCUGGCGUUGGGUAUCACAUCGACAAGAUCUUGAUGGAAGCGCCAUGGAAACUCGUUCAGUUCCAGAGAGGCAUUUUCGCUGGGAUCUGGGUCUGGGGCUUGGCGAUAGCUCUGCCCAAGCUGGCAAUCCUCGCUUUCUACCUUCGCUUCUUCAAGUCUCGGAACGAACGAACUGUCACCUAUGUCCUCAUGGCUAUCAUCGCGUCGACCUAUGUUGCCAUUUCUUUGGCUCACACUUUUGCAUGCAUACCCGUGGGGUAUCAGUUGAACCCAUUCAAGCCGGGAACAGGUCAGUGUUUCGAUACAAAGGCAUUCUAUCGUUGGAUGUCCUUCCCCAAUAUCGUCACGGACGUUGUCAUGCUGGUCCUGCCUCUCCCCAUGGUCUAUCGGUUGCACACCUCGUGCCACCAGAAGAUCGGGCUCGGGAUCAUAUUUGCGACUGGCGGAAUCGACACAGAACGUCGGGACGAUACUUGGAAGGCGUCGUCUCUGCACAUGUGGACUGAGAUUGAGCCCGGGGUGUACUUCCUCGCUGCGUGCAUGCCGUCCUUUCCACCCCUGAUCCAGCUUCUCUGGACUCGGUUCGUCAGGUCCAAGAGAGGUUCAAGUCAGACAUAUCCCUCCGGCAACAACAAAAUCGCCCUCUACACCAUCGGAGGAAGUGCCCGGCUCCAGGAUUCUGUCCCUCUUACCCCGUCCAACACACAUGAGGACUUCCCUCCCUGGAGCGACGAUGAAGAGGCAGCCCGUAAGCCUGCGAUCCCGGACUACGACGAUGGUGGGUUCCGGCAUAGUGUCGCGUACGCUGAUCUGGCCGGCAUCGAAGCCGCUCGGACUGGGAGUCCACGUACUCUUAGAGAAAUAUGGCCUCCCAGGAGGAUCCGUAUCAGGGAGACAGUCAGUGUUCGACAUGAGGGGUUCGGCACGCUGGACAGUACCUGA